CAAUUCCUCCCUCCCGCGGCGCGACCCUGAGGGCCGGUUUCCUCAAGGCGUUCCCGUCUGUGACAGCCCAUCAUGUCGCGCACAUGUCGUCUUGAGGGACGCUUUCUGGAGCCACGUGUUGUAUUUAGUUUGGCAGCAUACGGGUUAUAAGGGUUGGUUCUCCGCUCGGCUUAUAACAGGAUGUUUUCUGGUGCGUGUAAUUAUAACUGUUCUGUUAAUUAGCUGUUGCAGGGAGCUGAAGUGGAUUUAGCAGUACCCUCAGGCGAGCCUUCCUUUGCUUACUGGCAUUUGGUAGAGAUCUUGGUUGUUUAUGUGUUUUCUAAGUGACACGUAUUAAAUGCAGCAUGGUUAGGUAUGAUUCAAAAGUUGCAGCUGAAGAGUACACGUGGGUGUAGAUUUGUAGAUUGUGAUUUGGAGUCGUGGAGAAUUCGUGCGUUUUCCAGAAUGGGAGAAAGGACAGAUUGUACAAAGUCGCGUAGUUCACUGGCUGAAUACAGCCCAGUAAAUAAAUCAGACAGGACAGAUCCAAGUGACUGCUGUGAAAUGCAGGAUGGAAACCAAAAUACAAUGCAACUGAAGAAAGAAAUAUCUUUGAUAAAUGGGAUAAGCCUUAUAGUAGGCAACAUGAUUGGUUCAGGUAUCUUUGUCUCUCCCAAAGGAGUUCUCAUCUACAGCAAAUCUUACGGAUUGUCUCUAGUAAUUUGGGCAAUUGGAGGGAUUUUUUCAGUCUUUGGAGCUCUGUGCUAUGCUGAACUUGGAACCACUAUUACGAAGUCUGGAGCCAGCUAUGCAUAUAUCUUGGAAUCUUUCGGGAGCUUCAUCGCUUUUAUUCGUUUAUGGACCUCACUCCUAAUUGUUGAACCAACUAGCCAGGCAGUUAUUGCCAUCACCUUUGCUAACUACAUAGUUCAACCUUUCUUCCCUUCUUGUGAUCCUCCAUAUUUGGCUUGCCGUCUCAUAGCAGCUGCUUGUGAAUGUCUUCUAACAUUUAUAAACUGUGCCUACGUUAAAUGGGGAACACGAGUACAGGAUAUAUUUACUUAUGCUAAAGUUACUGCUCUUAUUGUGAUCAUCAUAACUGGACUUGUUAAAAUAUGCCAGGGACAUUCAUCGCACUUUGAGAACUCUUUUGAGGGAUCCUCUUUUGAUAUUGGAGACAUUUCCCUUGCACUCUACUCUGCCUUGUUCUCUUACUCUGGUUGGGAUACACUCAAUUUUGUAACAGAGGAAAUAAAAAACCCAGAAAGGAACCUGCCACUGGCUAUUGCAGUGUCUAUGCCAAUUGUGACUGUUAUCUACAUUAUGACCAAUAUAGCUUACUACACAGUUCUGGAUGUUGAAGCCGUUCUUUCCAGUGAUGCUGUGGCAGUGACAUUUGCUGACCAGGUAUUUGGUAUCUUCAGCUGGACAAUUCCCAUUGCUGUAGCCUUUUCUUGUUUUGGUGGACUUAAUGCUUCAAUUCUAGCAUCAUCAAGGCUGUUUUUUGUAGGAUCUCGAGAAGGUCACCUUCCUGAUCUGUUGUCUAUGAUACACAUAGGCAGGUUCACACCUGUGCCAGCACUGCUCUUCAAUUGUGUUAUGACUCUUAUAUACCUGGCUGUGGAAGAUGUCUUCAAGCUUAUUAAUUACUUCAGUUUCAGUUACUGGUUUUUUGUUGGUCUGUCCAUUGCUGGGCAAUUAUAUCUGCGUUGGAAAGAACCAGAUCGACCCAGGCCUCUUAAGCUGAGUGUGGCUUUCCCAAUAAUAUUCUGUAUAUGCACAGUAUUUCUGGUGGUAGUGCCACUCUAUAGUGAUACUAUAAAUUCGUUGAUUGGAAUUGCCAUUGCUUUAUCUGGAAUUCCAGUCUUUUUCUUGGGAGUCUAUUUACCUGCAUCAAGGAGACCUCGGUUUAUCAACAAGAUUUUAGGUGCAGUCACACGAAACGCGCAGCUGCUCUGUUACUGUGUUCUAACAGAGAUGGACCCAAGUGAAGAAAAGAAGUUAUAGAUCAAAUCCAACAAAUAUUUCAAAGCCAUUACAAGAAACAGAAGGGAGGCUAAAGCAAUUACGACAACAAAAGGGAAGAGGUGGGACUGGAAAAAAACAAAACAAACCAGAAAAACUGUUUCCAGUGAUCUUUCAGAAACACUGAAACUGUACUUCCUUGCAGUUGGAUUCCCACACAGAUCACACCCUCGCCUCACCCUUCUGAACUGUGGCAUGUUUCAGGGCAUGUUUUUUUUUUCUCAUUGGAUAUGGAUUACCUGCUCAGUUCAGGCACACAGGCUAUGUAUCAAUACUGAUCCUUUUCCAGAAUUGGUAUUCAAAUGAUUAGAGCUAAUAGAUCAAAUUAGAUUUUUGCAGAACCAGGUGGUGAAGUAAUGCAUUUGGUAAGUUAGACUGAAAACCACUUUGACUCAGAAGACCAAAAGCCGUUUCCAGUUUAAUUCUAUGGAUGCUUGCAUGAAAUUUGCUGUGCUCAGUUUUCAUCACAGAAGAUACCUGGUCACAACAAACUACCUUAUUAGUCACUAUAGCAGAAAAAUGAGCUAAAGUUGUGCUACAUUAUUUAAAGACUGAACCAACUUUCUCCCUUGAAGAUAAGUAUUUUAUUCCAUAUGCUAUGUGGAAGUGUGCCAAGUGUGGCAAGGACAUAAUCAAGAAAGCACCUUGGCACUAAAGAUUUGAUUAAAGGUUGAUGAUUCUUUCCUGUUAGCUUGUUAGCACAUGGUCAACUUCUGUUAGGCUUUAUGAAAAUUUCAAAAUUAAAAUGGUGUUUGAAGCUUGUAA